AUGUGGAGAAGAACUGUGUUUUUGUUAUCACAGAGGCGAUUUUCUUCUGAAACGGAAGUCCCAAGCCUCUACUCAUUCCUCAGACCUUCUAUCUUCGCAUUGAGGAGGGACCCAGACCCUCCACCACCCAAACCCCAAGAUCCUCCCUCACAAACACUAAGCGUAGAUGGCCAAGCCGCCUUGGAAACUACUCUUCAAUCCUCUAUCCAUGGCAACGACAUUGACGAGGCAUGGAAGUCAUUUAAGACUCUCACCAGCAGCGCUUGCUUCCCAAGUAAGCCCCUCACUAACUCUCUCAUCUCCUACCUGUCCUCUUUCACUGACACCCACAAUCUCAAGAGGGCUUUUGCCUCCGUGGUGUUUUUGUUGGAGAAAAACCCUAAAUUGUUGGAGCACAGGACCAUCGAAACCCUUUUGAUUGCAAUGAAACAUGCCAACACUGCUAACCCGGCCUUUGCGCUCGUGAAGUGCAUGUUCAAGAACAGAUUUUUCAUGCCUUUUGAUCUCUGGGGCGAUACUUUGGUUGAAAUUAGUAGGAAGAAUGGAAGGUUUGAGGCCUUUUUAUGUGUGUUUAAUGAGAAUUGUAGGAUCUGUUUGGAUGAGAAGCUGCAUUUCAUGAGACCCAAUUUGGCUGCGUGUAAUGCGGCUUUAGAGGGUUGUUGUCGUGAGCUGGAAUCCGUUAGUGAUGCUGAGAGUGUUGUGGAGACCAUGUCAGUUUUGGGCAUUAGGCCAGAUGAAUGUAGUUUCGGAUUUCUUGCUUAUUUGUAUGCCUUGAAGGGGCUUGAGGAAAAGAUAAAUGAGCUUAGAGAUUUGAUGAGUGGGUUUGGUUUGGUAAAUAAGAAGACAUUUCUUAGUAACUUGAUUAGUGGGUAUGUGAGGUCUGGCAACUUGGAUUCUGUUUCAGAGACUAUUUUGCUCAAUUUGAGCGUAGAUGGAGAAGGCCCCAAUUUCAGUAAUGCUAGUUUUUGUGAAGUAGUAAAGGGUUUUCUUCAGAAUGGAAGCAUUAAGGACUUGGCAAAUUUAAUUAUUAGAGCCCCAAACCUAGAAGCUCAGUCAGUCAUGGCCGAGCAAUCUGUUGGUUAUGGUAUUGUCUGCGCUUGUGUUGAUCUUGGCUUCCUAGAUAAGGCACAUAGCAUACUUGAUGAAAUGAAACGCUCAGGCCUGUUCUAUUGGGCUUGGGGUUUAUGUGCCAAUUUUGAAAGCUUAUUAGACAUGAGAGAAGCUAGAAUACCUGACUUGCAGGUGAGUUACCUGACUAUAAUGACUGGUUUAACAGAGAAUAACCGGCCUGAGCUAAUGGCAGCCUUCUUAGAUGAGGUCGUUGAAGAUCCUCGUGUUGAAGUAGGUACCCAUGACUGGAAUUCAAUUAUUCACGCGUUUUGUAAGGCUGGGCGGGUGGAAGACGCCAGGAGGACUUUCAGAAGGAUGAUAUUCUUGCAGUUUGUACCAAAUGAUCAGACUUACCUGUCCCUCAUAAAUGGGUACGUGGCGGCAGAUAAGUAUUUCAAUGUUUUGAUGCUGUGGAAUGAGGUUAAGAGAAGGGUUGCAGCUGAUGGAGACAAGAGGUUCAAAUUAGAACACAACUUGGUUGAUGCAUUCCUCUAUGCUCUGGUUAAGGGUGGCUUUUUUGAUGCUGUGAUGCAAGUUGUGGAGAAAUCACAGGAGAUGAAGAUUUUUGUGGACAAGUGA